GCAAAAACCCUUUUUCCCUCACGAGUCAUCGUCUCUAUCGUUGCAAGUUAAGUCGGAUAUAUGCGAACUAUAUAUAAAUACGGGUAUUAGCGUGUGACAUUAUCCGCAGUGGUUAUACUGUACUGGGAAGACUAGGAUAUACCACCAGAGAUCCCGAGAUUUAAGACUUGUGACACUGCUGUGGGCUACAAAAUGGUCCAUGCAGAUGCAUCGAAUUUUGCCGAGGGCGUGACAAAAGAGCAGGCUUACACGCAAGUCCUCUUACAGGCGGAAGGUCUCUUUGACGGCCAAAGAAACUGGGUGCGUUCAUGCAAUCUUGCCAACGCAGCAUCCCUCUUAUGGCACGCUUAUAAAUCGUUGCCUCACCCAAGCAACCAGGUGAACUGGGCAGGCUUCUACACCCUUGAUCCGCAGACGACAACAUCAAAACGCCAGCUCGUCCUAGGGCCGUUCCAGGGCAAAGUCGCCUGCCAAACCAUCGCCUUCGGUAAAGGGGUAUGUGGUACGGCGGCGGAAACCCAAAUAACGCAGCUAGUUCCCGACGUCGAGAAGUUCCCGGGACAUAUCGCCUGCGACGGGGAUAGCAAGAGUGAGAUCGUGGUACCUAUUGUCGUCGGGAGCGGAGAAGCGAAGAAGUUGGUGGCUAUCAUAGACGUCGACUGUGCGGACUUCAACGGGUUCGAUGACGUGGAUAAGAAGUACUUGGAGCAGUUGGCAGAGCUGAUAGGGAGGAGUUCUGAUUGGUGAAGCAGGAAGUGUGAAGGCGGCUUACGGAACUAUCACUGGCCUCAACCAUAGCCUCUGGCCUAUUAUAGGUUAGAUUAUCUCUAAGGCCUUAUUAUAAGGUCUCCCAUAUGCAGGCUGUGGUGGAAAUAUGUCGCCCUGAUGCGUCAGAAGUUGCCAAACCUGAUUAAGACGAUGUACCUAUGUCUUGUCCCUACGAGGCGUAUUUCAAUCGCAGGGCAAAUUAAUCAUAUUCCAUACGCAUUAUCAAUAGCAUAUCAUGAC